UCCUGUCGUGUGCACGGUCGGGCCUUUCCAUCUGCUCUUGCGUGCCUUUAUGCGCACGUGACAUAAUUGGAGGCAGAGGACUCAGACAGAACAUUCUUUCAAUCGAUGUGAACCGUAGUCGUCCGUUCAAAAAUGUCGGACAGAACGCCUCGAGCCGACAACCCGAACUCUGUGGUUUGUAACAUAUGCGGUAUUGCUUACACUUUACCAGAGGACGAAAUCGUUGGCAACCUUCCCAAUGUCCUCCUAUGUUCCCACAUCUUCUGCACUACCUGUCUGCGCUCGCUGGAGUUCAACAAUGUCAUUCUGUGCCCUGAAUGCAAGGUUGAGUCCACUCUUCCUGAAGGAGGGGUGGAGGGACUGCAGGUGGACAGCAGAAUCAUUGGCCUCAUCUACACAGCCAAAAUGAACAAAAUGAAAAGAGACAGACCGAGGCAUCACAGAGUCAAAUCCUCGUCUUCACCUCUCGAGGAGGACACAAAACAGGGUCCAGAUGUAGAGAGAGCACUGAAAGCAGUAGAAGAGGCUCUGUCUCAGGCCUCUGAGAACAUGGCAAAUCUGGACAACAUCCAUCAUACUCUGGUGAAAGGCUUGAUGGUGCAGGUGAAGAGAGAGAAGGCCAGACUGCUGAUGGAGAUAGAUGAGGCUAUGGACAGGGCCUUCACCAUCCUCAAUAGAAGGAAGGGGGCACUGGUGGCUGAGCUGACCAACAUGGAGCAGCACUUCCCGUCCAGCAGGAGGGAACUGGGCCGGGUGGAGGAGAGGAUGAGGGCCCUGGACACAGCCAUGCAGAAGGCCAAGCAGGUCGGACAGCACCCCUCCCUGGAGAGCUACUGUGACCUGGAGCAGUUGUUGGAGACCCUGCAGGCUUCUGUGGAUGUACAGUCGUUUGACCUGAAGUGUCUGUCUCUGGGCUCUGGACUGAGCUGCAUAGCACAGCAGGAUGCGCUGGGCAGGAGUCUGAAGGCGUGUCUGAAGAUCAACAUUGGGAACGCCAAGAUUCUGACAGAUGAGCUGAUCCACAGAGACAGAGAGAGGCCCCAGGAGCAGGCUGGGCCCAAUAGGAAGGCCCCCCUGCUCCCACACUCCCUUAGCACCAGAGAGCCCAGCCGCCCCCAGCAGCAGCAGCAGGUGAGCCAAACGAUGAUGAGGCCUCCCCCGCCCAGCACCAGAGAGCAUGUUCCACCUCACCAGGAGCAGGAAAGCCUGAGGAUGACUAGGCAUACCUGGGGCCCCUCUCCCAUCCCUGGCCCUCUGCCCUUACCCAGCUCCAGCCCUGUCUCAGACUCCGGACCCAACGUCAUCAUAGAGGAGAUUAUAGAGGAGAAUGAACAAGGAGGAGAAGGGAAGGACGAAGUCAGUUUGAAAUCCUGCCAUCAAUUCACCACAGCCUUAUCCAAAACCACUGCAGCAGGGUUCUCAGUUGGAGUUGUCCCAGCUCACCUGUCUGAGCUGCAGCAGGCCAGUGAGAGACAGAGAGCCCAGAGGAGCAGCAAGAAGAGCCAGGAGGACCUCCCACCUGUCAGUCAGGGGAAAGUGUUCCAGGAGUGGGUGAUGGUGACCCAUGUGGUGAACCCUAACCACUUCUACAUCCGCCACGUGGCAGAGCAGAGGGCCUGUAUUCUGCUGUCCAAGAAGAUCAACUCCCUCUGCUCUGGAGAGAGAGGACUGUUCACAGCCAGCGACAUACUGGAGACUGGCUCCACAGUGUUUGUGAAGUGGAAGGAGGGGAUGUGGUGUCGGGCCACCCUGACAGAACUGUUCCAGAGAGGUCACCUGGACCCGGUCCGCAGCUGUCCUGUUCCUGAACUUCACCGUGUCAGAGUCUACUUCCAAGACUACGGUUUCUGCAAGGGAAUAGCCCUGCAGAGUGAGGAGGCGGGUCCAGACCUGUUCAUCAGGGACAUGAAUGAGCGUCUGAGAAGAGUGGACGUGGCCGGCCAAUCAGAAAUGAGCCGCUGGCUCCCUCAGGCUAUCAAGUGUUCCCUCAAGGACAUUGUGCCUGCAGACCUGACUAAAGGCUGGAGUGCGGAGGCCCAGGAUGAGUUUCGCCGCGUGGUGGGCUCAGCCUCAGUAGAGAUGCAGGUGUUUGGUCAGGAGAGAGGUGCUCUGCUCGUGGACCUGAAGAAAGCCCCCAUGGACAGCGGUUUCAGCAACAUGCCCAUGUCCCUCCGAGAGUACCUGGUCUUCCUCGAGCUCGCCAGGUUUUACUCUCCCGUGGUGUGGAAUGCCAAGACUGUGCCAUGUGGCAGGAGGCCUCUCCAGUUCUACCUUCCUGUCUUCCCUCGUACCAACGUAGAGCUCAACGCUGUGGUGUCCCACAUAGACACACCCUCACACUUCUACAUCCAACUUGUUGACAACAUGGAGUUCCUGCUGCUGACAGCCAAGCUGCAGGAGUGUUACAGCUAUGACUGCCCCAGCAGGGGGACCAGAGGAGAGGACCAGGACUUGGAGGUCUACUGUCCUGUCCUGGAUCAGGCCUGUGUGGCACGCUUUGACGACAAGGUCUGGUACAGGGCCCAUGUCAUCGGUAUUCCCGGGGGCAGGAAGGUGGAAGUCCAGUUUGUAGACUUUGGCAACAACAAGAUUCUGUCAGUCAACGACCUGAGGAAGAUCAAGGAUGAGUUCUUUGCCCUCCCAGCCAUGGCCAUCCAGUGCUACCUGGCUGAUGUGAUUCCUUUGGAAGAGGGUGAGACGUGGAGCAAAGCGUGUAUAGAGAAGUUCAAGAGUCUUGCUGACCAGAGACUUGUGACCGCUGUGGCCACAGAGGCUGGUCGAAGGGGCAGGGGUUUGCCAGUCAGGCUGUUUGAGACCAGUGAUUCCAGCGAGCCGUUAGCAAACAUUGAAGAUCUGCUGGUCAACGAUCAACUGGCCUGCUUCAAGAAGGGCAUCAAAUCUAAGGACACCCAGGCCCCGGUGGUAGACACCACAGUGUGGGACCCCCCACUCGAGGGUCUUCUGGGUGAGUCUGAGCCAGCCCCUACCUCCUUGGGCCAGGGGACCCCAGAGCAGGACCAAGAGAUCCAGCCCUACCUGAUGCUGCCGGCCAACCUGAAAGACCUGAGGGUCAGGUUGACCCAUGUGGUCUCACCCGGGAGCUUUUACGUCCAGCUUCUACAGAUGGACACCCAGCUCAAGAGGGUGUAUGAGUUGUUGAAGCAGGAGUAUGCCCUUACAGAGCCCCAGGAGAUAGAGUGGAAGGCAGACAUGUACUGUGCUGCCUACAAUAACGGGGUCUGGGAGAGGGGCCAGCUCUGCUCUCCUGUUUCCCUCGGCUUCAUUGCCGAGGUAGUACGCUGUGAUUUUGGCAACAAGGUGAAACUCCAUGUGAACAACCUGAGACCACUGCUGCCCAGUCUGGUUGGCUGUCUGGUGCUGGAGUGUUCCCUCAGUGAAAUCAGACCUGCAGGCGGUCGUUCCACCUGGACAGCCACGGCGUGUGACUUCAUCUCCUACUACCUGACUGGAGCCAUGGCCAUCAUGACCAUCAAGGAGAACACAGAGCAGCGUCCGGUGCCGGUCUCUCUGUACUGCUCCAACCGGGCCGGGCAAGACGUCAGCAUCGCAGACUUCCUGGUUAGUGAGGGCCUCGCUCUGAAAGAGAGGAAGCCACAAGCGUCCCCCAUGCCUAAACUAGAGGAGUUAUCAGACUCUGACUCCAAGUUCAAGGGCCUUCAAAACAGGACACCUAACACAGAAAACCAGCCCCCCACCCCCUCCUCUGACUGGUCAGUCUCUCCCCGACCUGUCUCCACUGCCCCUACGCCGCCCAAACCGGCCCCCCGUACUAACCCCUCCCCAGAGAAGGUGAAGACACAGGCCUACUGCCCCCCUGAGCUGCCCCACUGUGGACGCACUCUGAUGACCAUCUCUGCCAUCGGAGAGGAUGGCCUCAUCUACGCCAUGACGCACCACGCAGGGCGUCAGUUUGAGCAGCUGCGGGAGCGUCUACAGCAGCACAUAAAGACCCUUCCCAGGCUGAAGCCCUACACCUGGAAGAGUGUCCUGGGUUGUGCUGUCAUGGGCUCUGACAUGCUCUGGUACAGAGGAGAGGUGCUGGAGGUCAUUGGAGGUCACGUUAAGGUGCGCUACGUGGACCAGGGUCUAGUGGAGAACAUCCCAGUGUGUCACGUCUACCCCACAGUGUUGUGUGAGGAUAUUCCCCAGCUCUGUAUGCCCUGCCAGCUGCACGGAGUCAUCCCUGUGGGCAGGACGUGGCAGUGGGAUGCUGUGGCUCUGCUGAAAGAGCUGCUGCUAAACCGCUGUGUGGACAUGCAGGUUAUGGAACUGCCUGAGGAUCCUCUGGGCUGUCUGACAGUACAGAUUUCUCUGGAUGGCAUGACUCUAAGCAGAAUCAUGGUUCACCACCAACACGCCUCUGUAGACCAGGCUAUUGCAUCCACGCAGGAGGAGCUGGUGGUGUCAUCUCACCUAGAUCUAGAUGACUGGGACAUUGACACAGAGGGUUUGGAGGACCCAGAGCCAGUACCGAGGGUGUUCUCAUACCCAAACCUGCCUGAGAAAGGCGAACGCUUCCGGGUCAGGAUCAAACACCUCCGGACCCCCAACGAGGUGUUCCUGUAUCCCUUAGAUGGCAGUAGUUGUGUGGAGUCUGGUGGGGAGAGUCUGGAGGAAGCACUGAAGAGAGUCCAUGACAGGAUUGACCGUCUGGCCAUGCUCUCGGACUUCGCCAUUGAGGCCCCGUGUCUGGCAGAAUACAGUGAUGGGAAGUACUACCGGGCCAAGCUGCUGGGCUUCGCUGGCCUCAACCCUGUUAAGAUCUUGGUCAGACACGUGGACUUUGGCUCUGACGACACCCUUCCCACACACAAGCUGCGUCAGAUCCCGGCCCAUCUCCUACGGUUUCCCUGUAAGGCCAUCAAGGUGCGGGUGGCGGGCUUCAGACCACCCCGCCACAACCUGGAGAAGGAGCGCCUGUCCUACCGGCCAGAGUGGAGCCUGAAGGCUGCCCUGGAGAUGAUUGACCUGCUGCACAGCUGCUGCACCGCAUCCGUUACCGCCACUGAACCGGAGCUGUCUGUGUUCCUGUAUGACGAGGAUGGAGCUCUGGUCUACCUGCCUCUGGUGGAGAAAGGACUGGCUGACUUUGACUAAGACACUACAGCAAGAGACAAAGAGAUCUGCUGUGACAUUGGACGGGUUCUUCAGUUCCCUGUUCCUUCUGCAUUGUAAGAAUGCUGCCUUCAAUAUACAGUACAUACAAAUCUCAAACAUUUUGUUUUGAGCAGAAUGUAGCUGAGCACUUUAUUUUCUAUCUGAAAUACUGUCUGUAUGAAGGGUACAGAAGUAUUAAAGUUUUCAUUUAAAACUGC